AUGGAGGCGGCUUUGUUUCAGGAAGAGCCCUCUGUGUUUACUGGUGAUAGAUUACUAGUGGAUCAAUUCCCAUACAUUGCUCAGGAAGAUUGGAGUCUUAUCAACAGGCCUUUCGAUGGCUGUGAAAUAAAAAGGGCUCUUAUGGGUAUGAAAGCUUUUAAAGCCCCGGGUUCGGAUGGCUUUCAACCUCUAUUUUUUCAACGAUAUUGGGAAUUAGUUGCUCCAAUUUUGAUUCGACUAGUUAAGGAUGUGUUAGAGGGUGUUUCUUUCCCGGAGGGAUUGAAUGACGCUUUUCUAGUCCUAAUUCCAAAGGGUGAUACUCCUAAGAGGCCGAAUCACUUUAGGCCGAUUGGGUUGUGCAAUAUUACCUAUAAAAUUGUGACGAAGGUUAUUGUAAACCGGCUUAAGCCUCUUUUGCCGAGUUUGAUUUCUCCUACGCAAUGUAGUUUUGUUCCUAAGCGUCAAAUCACCGAUAACAUCAUAAUUGUCCAAGAGAUGCUACAUUCGAUGAGACGAAAGCAAGGAAAAUAUGGAUUGAUGGCGGUUAAAAUUGACUUCGAAAAAGCAUAUGAUAGGCUCCAUUGGUCCUUUAUUCGUGAAUCUUUGCUAGAGCUUAGACUUCCACAAAACAUGGUUGAUGUAGUCAUGAGUUGUGUUUCUUCAGCUAGUUUGCAAAUUCUUUGGAAUGGUGAACCUACUUCCAUUUUUGCACCUUCUAAAGGCAUUAAGCAGGGAGAUCCUUUAUCUCCCUACCUUUAUGUUAUUUGUAUGGAGCGUUUAGCUCAUUUUAUUGAGCAUGAAGUUAAAUUUGGAGCGUGGAAAGCUGGAAGGGCAAGUAGGAAUGGGCCGGAUAUUUCGCAUUUAGCUUUCGCUGACGACCUUAUUCUCUUCGGUGAAGCUUCGGUUGAUCAGGCUUUAUGUAUGAAAUCGUGUUUAGAUAAGUUCUGUCAAGCUUCUGGAAGUAAGGUCAGUUUAGAUAAAUCGUGUGUUUUCUUUUCUAACAACACUGAUUGUGAUAUGAGGGUCUCAAUUUGUAAUACCUUGGAUAUGGAUUGUACUCAUGAUUUAGGAAGGUAUUUGGGGGUCCCAACUAUUCAUGGUAGGACUUCCAAACAAGAUUACCAAUCAUUGGCGGACUUGGGCUUAGACCUGGUUGGAGGGUCCUUACCGAACCCGAUGCUCUUUGGUCUCGUGUGCUCCGAUCUAAGUAUUGCAAUGGGAAAGUGUGAUAUUGAUAUGUUCAAAAGGAAGCCUGACUCAUCGAAUGUAUGGAAAGGGAUUACUGAGAACUUGGAUAUCCUUAAAAAGGGAGUGAGUAUGGCUGUGGGAAAAGGUGAUAAGAUUUUAUUUUGGAAGCAUAGAUGGGCAGGGAAACUACCCCUAAUUGAUGUGGCGGAUCCAACUCCUCCUGCUGCUAUUCAAGAUCUGCCUAAUCGUGAUUUUUGGGAUUGUAACUCAGGGUGGAAAUAUGAGUUAUUUGCAGAUUGUUUAGAAGCAAUAGAAGAUGAAGAGGCUGUUGACUCGAUUUUUUGGAACGGAUCUUCCUAUGGUGGAUUUACAUUAAAUUCUGCCAUCAAAAUCAUGCGUAACCAGGGGGAUGAUGCUGGAGAGUUUGCUAAUAUGUGGCGUAAGAUUUGGAAAGCUCCUGUUCCACAGAGAAUCAGAAUGUUUCUUUGGCUUGCUGUGCGAGACCGUUUAAUGUCUAAUUCGAAUAGAUUUAUUCGAAAAUUGACAGAUGUGAAUCUGGAUGAAGGCAAUUCGAUGGUUAAAUCAAAUAAAGCUCAGCUCUUUAUUGUUGCGUGUUGGUGGAUUUGGCGAUGGCGCAAUGAGAGGGCCUUUUCUCGAGAGAGUGAUAUUCCAGUAGAGCAAGUUGCUUUUAUUUUUGCCAGAGUAGGAGAUAUUAAUCGAGCCCUGGUUAAUCCGCUAAAUUAUGAUGAAGAACAUAAUAGAAGAAGGGAAGAAAUAUUCAUUCGAUGGGAAGCUCCUAAGGUGGGUUGGGUUCGUUUAAAUACGGAUGGUGCAUCAAAAGGUAAUCCAGGGAAUGCUGGAGCUGGGGGUCUGAUUCGUGGCAGUGGUGGCAAAUUGCAUGAAAUAUUUGCUGCUAAUUGUGGUGUUUGCUCUAACACCAAAGAUGAGUUACUUGGGGUAUUACAUGGGCUUGCGGUGGCAUGGAAUGGGGGCCAUAGAUAUGUGCAGCUUACGGUUGACUCGGAGGUCGUGGUCCGUUUGUUAGUCGAGCCUUGUCCGGCCAACUCUCCUUUUAUUAAUAUCAUCCGGAAGUGUAAAGCCAUUAUUUUGCGGCGGGGUUGGAAGGUGACUGUUAGUCAUUGUUAUAGGGAGGCAAACCGAGCUGCGGAUUGGUUAGCUAACUUUGGUGUCAACUCUCCUCAAAAAAUGUUGAUCUUUGGAGCGGUCCCUCGGGAUCUUCGUGCCGUUUUAUUGGAGGACUUAAGUGGCGUUGCUAUGGCUAGGCUCAUUCCAAGAGGAAGAUCUUAG